GUGCAGGACUGGGGGAAUGGGAGCUAUGGGACAGGGAAGGAUACAGCAGUGGGAACUUGGGCAGAGGGUGGAUAAGGCUGAAGAACUGGUGGAGAGGGAACAAUGUGGAUGUUGAAAAUGGAGGAGAGAGGCCAUCCUUGGUUGUGUCCGCACUGCUUUGCUCAUCCUUCUGGCUAUGCAGCUGGGAAAGGGAAAGGGAAGGGGAAAGGGAAGGGGAAAGGGAAGGAGAAAGGCAAAGGGAAAGGGAAAGGGAAAGGGAAAGGGAAAGGGAAAGGGAAAGGGAAAGGGAAAGGGGAGUCCCCCAAGACUCUCUGAGUAGAUCCUGAAGGGACCAGUGCCUGCUUUCCUAAGGAACAGAAUGAGAAAAGAGGCAGAGAUGGAGGUUUAGGGCAGAACCUCCUCUCAUACUCUUGCACACCCUUCUACUGUGGAGAGCUGAAAUCCUGGAAGAUGCUCUCCAGGCUGGGGGAGACAGCCCUGGCACAAGCCUCUGCCAAAGUGCUUUCAGCAAAUUCUCCCCUCCUACAGCAAAGCAUAACCUGUGCUCAUGCUGUGGCUCUGUUGCUGGGCAGCAUAAGGUUAUCCUCCCCAUGAGAGCUGGGUGUCAGCCUUCACUGGAGCCAGGGAAGCUUGAGAGGCUGACUCUGUAAUGGAUCCUCGCCAGCUAAUCGGUGUUUAUAGGCUUAGAUCUGCUGCUUCUUAAUUUUAUUCCAGCCCCUCGAUUGAAUUUCUCACAUGUAAGUGAGCCCCACGAGUCCAUCCUAGCCAUAUAUAAUGGAUGGUGGUGGAGGGAAAGAACACAAAUGUGGCUGAAUGCCAGUAACCGAUGCCCAGGCAGCGGUGCAGCAGAACCCUCUGCUGAACAUCCCCCACUGCCAGAACCCGCCCUCAGUGGCCCUGAGCAAGAUGUUUCCUUUGUCCCCAGCACCUGGCCUGGGGCCGUGACCAGCCUCGGCCAUUCUCCAUUGGCCCCAAGAGGAGGACAAGGCUUGGAGCCAAGUCACCAAGCCACUAUCUCCAGGAACGGCGCCAGUUCAACCCACUGAGCCCUGGUGCUGCCACUCGAUGCCCCAUCAAAUAUUAAUACAAUGCUCAAUGCCUCCGUGCCCUGCCCCAGCACUGCAGGGCUGCCCGACCACUCCAUCCUCCCCUCCUGCCCCAUGUUGCUCACUGCUUCCCACACAGGGACUUUGGGGGUGCAGCCACACCACCCCUGGGUGUUCCCUGAGCAGGGCACGACAGGACCCAGCCCCCUUCAGCAGCCAGCUCAGCCCCCCGCAGCAGGUAAGAUCCCACUGGAGCUGGGGGAAUGGGCACCCCCAUCCCCGAGGAAUGCCAGCCUGUCACCCCAGGGAGCAGGAGAACGGGCUCGAAGCAUGAGAUGCCUGGAGAAGGGCUGGCGGCCAUGAGGCGGCACCGGGCUCUGUCCUUGGCUGCAGGGGGCUAGCGGGCACAGGGAUUCCUCAGCUCCGUCCUGUCCUCUGAAGGAAUCAGAUCCACCCGUGGCUGACCCCCGAGGAGGGUUCUCCCUAAGGUCCGGGGUGAUGUGUCGGGUCACCCCUCAGCUGGGGGGCCCUGGCGGUGUUGGGGCCCACCUCCCCUUGCUGCCCUCCCCCAGGAGGAGGCCCGCGCCUCUGCCCCCAGCAGCCGCCCGGCCCGGCAGGGGAUGGAGCCCGGCAGGUCGGUGCCGGCGGAGCUGAAGCUCCUCCGCAAGCCCUCGCAGCGGGCCAGGAUCCCGGCGCCCUUCCUCGCGCACCCGGUAGGUCGCUGGCUCGGCCCGCGGCCCCCGGCUCGUCCCCUCGGCGGCCGUACCCCUUCGAGCCCCCAUGACUCUGUCCGCACAGGACGGGGAGCCUGGGCCGGCGGGGCCCCCCAGGCCGGACCCCGCGGAGGUAGACGCGGAAUCCCUGGUGCCCACGCACGAUGAGCGGGGCCGGCUCAUCCCCGAGUGGAAGCGGCAAGUGAUGGUGCGGCGGCUGCGGGCCCGACUGGCGGACGAGGACCCGGCGGGAGGGCAGGUACGAGGGGCACGGGGAGUAGAGGGGGCGCGGGAUGCAGGCUCCUGGAGCUUCUCGCCCUCCCACCAAGCCGUGCUGGGCCCGUUCGGGGAGCUGCUGACCGAGGCAGACCUGCAUCAGCUGGAGACGGCAGUGGAGAGCCUGCGGCUGCGGCGGCGUGGCGAGGUGUACCAGGGCGAGCUGCGGCGCCUGGUGCGGGAGCUACGCGCUCUCUUGCCCGCCCCCCUGCUCAGCAUCUCCGUCCGCAGCCCCCCGCCUGCUCCGGGGCUGCCCCUGCCCCUCUGGUGCGGCCGCCUGGCCGGCGCCGUCAAUAGCCUGGCCGCGCUGCUGGGCAACGCCGAGGGGGUGCAGGGUCCCCGCGCUGCCGGGGCCGCGCCCGCCGCUCCCUGCGCUCUCCCCGCCGUUCCCUGCGCUCUCCCCGCCGCUCCCUGCGCUCUCCCCGCCGCCGGCGGGCAUCCCCGGGAGCCAGGGGGCAGCCUGGCGCAGCGGGAGAUCCGGCAGUGCGGAGUUUGUGUCCGCAGCCUGCGCGGUGCCUUCGAGCCCGCCUGGGGGGCCGCGGGGAGCGCGCCGGCCGGGGGCGGCGAGGCCGAGGCCGCCAGCGACUCAGGCAUCAGCUGCGAGGAGGCGUUUUCCGACGGCGGCUCCCCGCGGCAGGGCAAGGGGCCGGGGCCAGAGUGGGGCAGCUUGAGGAAGGAACGCAUCGUGAUGCUCUUCCUGAGCCACUGGAGACGCUCCGCGUACGCGCCCUUACGGCCCGCAGCCGGGGACCCUCGGGAGACAGCGGGGAGCGGGGCCCGGGCCGCGGCCCGCCUGGCCCGGCAGAGAGCGGCCAUCCAGAAGCUCCUGAGCGGCUGGCGGGACGCCGCCUCCCGCCGCCCGCCGCCGCCGCCCCCCGCCCGCACCCUGCUCUCCCCGGAGCAGUUCGUGUCGGCGGCGGGGGGCGGCCCGGCCGAGUACGAGAGCCUGUCGCUGGAGCUAUUCAUGCUGGGCUAUUUCCGCAUCUUGGAGCAGGACCUGUCCCCCGAGGAGCGCCGAGGCCGCCACCUGCUCUGUUUCGAGGUGUUUGAGCAGCUGGGCCGGCACGGCUGGCGGGCAGUGCGGGCUUUCCACCGCGCCGUCAUCGACGAGAUCGCGGCCGGGCGGCGCGGCUGGCGCGACGGCUUCGACGACAUCAAGGCACGGUACUUCGGGACUCCGCACAGCCCGGCCCAGCGGCCGGGACAGGCCGGGGAGGAGGGGGACGAGAUUUGUCGCUACAUCGAUCGCAGCUUCGCCUUUUGGAAGGAGAAGGAGGCCGAGAUCUUCAGCCUGGAGGAGUGAUGCCGAGGGGCUCCGGAGGCCGCGGGCUGCAAUAAAAACCUUCUCCGUUCUGUCCCAGCUGAGCGAGGCUUUCCGGGGCCGUGAAGAGAGCUGCUAAGCUGGGCGGGCCGCCUCAGCAGCCCAGCUCCCCUCUCCCCGGGCGGGUGUUUCAGGCCUCGGUUGCCGCCGCGUGUUUGCGGCUGAGAUAAAGACCUAUAUUUAUAGCGGCACCGGCAGUGCGGGCCGGAGGAGCGAGAGGGGCAUGGCGGGGACCCCCUGCUGCCGAUGGGGUGCAGGGAGGGUGCUGUGGGAGCUCGUCCCUCCAGGCUCGGUGCCCAGCCGACCCCUUCGCGAGGGGGA